GUGACGCAUGACGUAACUUGCAGGAAACGAGAGUCUGCUCCCCUAUCGGUUCCCACCACGCCGGCGGCACGUAGUUUCGCUUUCUGCCCGGCUCAAAGAGGACGGCGUCGUUUUUUUCCCCCAGUCGCGUACAACCGACGCCACUCGGAUACUCGCCGUGCUGUGGUUUCCAAACACCGACAUGGCCUACUGCCAGAGCUGUCGCGCCAGACUACCAGAGGAGAAGGGCUCGGAAAUUCAACAUCCCUUCAGCGUCGAGAAUUUUCUGGACAGCGGCGAGUUCACAGAUUUCGAGUUCCGGGUGAAGCUGGAGGACCAUCCUGACAUCCCCGAGCGGAGAUUCCGUGCACACAAAGUGUUCCUGGCCAUGAGGAACGAGGUGUUUCAUGCCAUGUUUUUUGGAGACCUGGCCGAGAAAAACGAGGUGGUCAUCACGGAUGUUCACCCGGACGGCUUCGACUUGCUGCUCAGGUACCUGUACUCCGGCAAGCCGAAGAUGAAGAACAUCGACGACGCGCUGCACGCAAGGUUCGCGGCCAAGAAGUACCUGGUUCAGGGUCUUGUAGACGCUUGCAGCCUGUAUAUUGAGAAUAACCUAAAGCCUGACAGGCUGUGCUCGUUCAUCGACUACUACAUGGAGAGCCGCGAGCCAGAAAUGGACGCCAUCGCGGAGACGCUCCUGACGUCAUCCAAAGCCCCGGACAUCCUCACAUCGAAAGAAUUCAACGUCGCCCUCGAGGAAACCGUUCGAUAUAUCGUGGAGAGGAUAAGGAAAGUUUCCGAAGACAGUGUGACCAGAGCCGUGUUCGGCUGGGCCCAGGAACAGUGUGUCAAGAGCAUGCAGUCGGAGAGCCCGCUCGAAGUGAAGGCGCUUAUGCGCACUUUUUUUCCUAAGUUGCGAUUCUUGACCAUGACGGCUGAAGAGUUCGUGGUGGGACCGGGUUCCUGGGAUCUGCUGGAAGACGCUGAGAACCUCGCGUUACUGCGUAAUAUCGUAAAGAGGGGAUCUCAGCCGCUACCCGAAGGAUUCUGUAACGUCACUGACGAUCGCUUCUAAGCUAUAUGAAAAAAUAAAACGACAUCCUUUUCACACGGCUAACUGCGAAAGCUGUUGAACUGCUCGUGUUCCGUCCAUGUUUGUUAAGAGGCGCUUUUGCUUUAUGAUACAAUUCGUUCACAGCA